AACCACCACACUAUUCUCUUUAUCUUAGCUCUCUUCCUCCCUGAGUUUUCAGAACUCAAAACUUGGUCCAUCUUUUGUUCUCUCAUAUAUUUCCAACUCCGAUCAGUUUUGAAGCCACAAUUUGCUUCAAACUUGCCGGUUGGAGCUGGUGGCGAUUGCAUGGAGUUGUAGCACAUUUUGAUCAUCAAGAAGUUGAUCAUUUCUUGGUGAGGUUUCAGGGCUGCUAAACUCCCAACUGGGUUUUUCCAUUUCAUUGAAAAGAAAAUAUAUCACUGAAGAUCAUCAUGGGAGAAAUGACUGGCUUCCAAUUGGGAGUUAUUGGUGCACUGUUUCUAUCAGUUGCAUCAUCUGUCUCCAUUGUUAUAUGCAACAAAGCUUUGAUGAGCAAUCUUGGCUUCCCAUUUGCAACAACACUUACCAGUUGGCAUCUGAUGGUAACUUUUUGCACUCUUCAUGCGGCACAACGUCUCAAUUUUUUCGAGAGCAAGUCGAUUGACAUGAAGACUGUCAUGCUCUUUGGCAUUCUAAAUGGUAUUUCAAUUGGUUUACUCAACUUGAGCCUGGGAUUCAAUUCCAUUGGGUUCUACCAGAUGACCAAGCUUGCAAUUAUACCAUUCACUGUGUUAUUGGAAACUCUUUUCCUUAAAAAGCAAUUUAGCCAGAAGAUAAAGUUUUCUCUCUUCCUAUUACUUGUUGGAGUUGGGAUUGCUUCUGUGACAGACCUCCAGCUCAAUUUUGUUGGGACCAUUCUCUCUCUUCUAGCCAUCAUAACAACCUGUGUUGGCCAAAUUCUAACAAACACAAUUCAGAAAAGGCUCAAUGUAUCUUCUACGCAGCUACUCUACCAGUCCGCCCCUUUUCAAGCAGCUAUUCUUUUUGUGUCAGGCCCUUUGGUGGACCAGUUCCUCACCAAGCAAAAUGUCUUUGCCCACAAAUACUCUUCCAUAGUCUUGGUAUUCAUCAUACUUUCAUGCCUCAUAGCUGUGUCUGUGAACUUCAGCACCUUUCUAGUAAUUGGCAAGACAUCCCCUGUCACAUAUCAAGUUCUAGGCCACCUCAAGACAUGCCUUGUUCUGGGCUUUGGCUACACAUUACUUCAUGACCCUUUCACUUACAGGAACAUAAUUGGAAUUCUGGUUGCCAUUUUUGGGAUGGGAUUGUAUUCAUAUUUCUGCUUACAGGAGAACAAAAAGAAGCAAGCCGGUGACCUCUCUCUGGGCUCCCAGAUUAAAGAUAAGGAUGGCAUUCCACUUUUGAGUAUAGAUAAAGAUGGUCAUGAGGUUAAGAAAUCAACCAAGAACUCUCUUGUUUGAUUGAUAGGGAA